AUGGCUUUCAUGCAUAGAUUCGGUCGUGUUCGCCGGUUUCAGAGGCCAGCAGAGAUCUGGUAUGGGUAUUGUAACAUUGAAGAUUUUCAGACGGACAGAAUCUUGGGAACAGGAAGUUAUGGGCGUGUUCAAAUUGCUCGCUACAUUCGAACAGGACAAGUUUGUGCCAUAAAAGCCCUCUCCAAAGCCCAAAUUCUGAGAGAGAAGCAGCGUUUCUAUGCAGCCCAAGUUUUGCUUUCCUUUGAGUAUCUCCAUUCUCGAAACAUCAUCUACAGAGAUCUGAAGCCAGAAAAUUUGCUGCUAGACGAGAUGGGCUAUAUAAAAGUUGCAGAUUUUGGUUUUGCUAAAGUGGUUGAUAGAAGAACAUUUACUCUAUGUGGAACACCAGACUACUUGGCACCUGAAAUUCUCUUGAAUAAAGGCCAUGGCAAACCUGUUGACUGGUGGACAUUUGGUGUUCUUGUGUAUGAAAUGCUUGCAGGCUUUACUCCAUUUCAGGACAGUGAUACAUUCGGUACCUACCAGAAGAUAUUGAAAUGCAAGCUUCGUUUCCCAACCCAUUUCUCCUAUAAUGCAAGAGACUUAAUCAACAAACUCUUGACUCCAGAUCUCACUAAAAGGAUUGGAUGUCUGAAAGGAGGAGUGAGGGACAUUAAGUCACAUCCUUUCUUUGAACAUGUUGAUUGGGACUGGCUGCUUCAAAAGAGAGAAACACCACCUUAUAAGCCCAUAUGUAAUGGAAAAGAAGAUGUAAGCAAUUUUGAAGAUUAUUCACAUCUAGGCCCAAUGAAGCACGCAUUUGAACUUACAGCUAAAGAUCAAGAAGUUUUUGAAUAUAUUUAA